AUGCCUGAAGCUAAGAAGUCAUCCUCUGCUGCCCCAGCGCCCAGAAAGGUCCGCUUCAAUGUCGGCACCCAAUACCAAGUCCUCGAUGUUGUUGGAGAAGGCGCAUAUGGCAUUGUGUGUUCUGCUCUCCACCGCCCAAGCGGUCGCAAGGUCGCGAUAAAGAAGAUUGCCCCUUUCGAGCACACGCUGUUCUGUCUGCGUACCCUCCGCGAGCUCAAGCUGCUCAAAUUCUUGUCCGAGGCGGGGGUUAGCGAAAAUAUUAUAUCCAUCAUGGACAUCAUCAAGCCCGCGUCUAUUGAGCAGUUCAAAGAAGUUUAUCUUGUCCAAGAGCUCAUGGAAACCGACAUGCACCGCGUUAUCCGUACUCAAGACCUAUCUGACGACCAUGCCCAGUAUUUUGUAUACCAAACCCUUCGUGCCCUGAAGGCACUCCAUUCUGCCGAUGUCAUUCACCGCGAUCUCAAACCCUCUAACCUCCUCCUCAAUGCCAACUGCGACCUGAAAGUUGCCGACUUUGGCCUUGCCCGGUCCGUCAAGACUGCUGAGCCAUCUGGGACCGAAACCGGCUUCAUGACCGAAUACGUCGCCACGCGUUGGUACCGGGCCCCGGAAAUCAUGCUUACAUUCAAGCAAUAUACCAAGGUUUUUUUGCUGACAAGUCUGCCGCGAUCGAUGUGUGGUCGGUCGGCUGUAUUCUCGCGGAGAUGCUCUCCGGCAAACCUCUCUUCCCCCGGCCGCGACUACCACCACCAGCUAACACUGAUCCUGGAUGUCCUCGGGACCCCUACUCUUGAUGAGUUUUACGCCAUCAGCACGCGACGCUCUCGCGACUACAUUCGAGCCCUUCCGUUCAGGAAGCGGCGUCCAUUCGCACAAUUAUUCCCCAAUGCCACACCGCUGGCGCUUGAUUUCCUUGCGAAAACAUUAACCUUCGACCCGAAGAAGCGCAUCACCGCCGAAGAAGCACUAGCGCAUCCCUACCUCGAGGCAUAUCAUGACCCUGAAGACGAGCCCAUCGCCCCACCCCUCGAUCCCGAGUUCUUCGAGUUUGACCUGCACAAAGACGAUAUCAGUCGCGACCAGCUCAAGGAGCUUUUAUACGAGGAGAUUAUGUCGUUUACCCCGGUAGAAAUGACAUAG